GUGGAUAUUAAUGAUUCCAAGAUGGCUAGAUCUGAUGUUUUACUUUACCCCUCUGACCUUUCCACGAGUGUCACUAUCAGAGCAACUUGUAUAAAAGGAUUACAAAUUACAAACUGUCUAAAAUAACUCAGCUGUGGUGCUGCAUAGAUACCGUACAACGUCAACAUCACCAGUUUUCUUACCUUAUCACCGGCGCCACUGCGUGUGUGAGUUGGAGAUGGGGGGUGAACUAUCUUGUCGUUAACCACGACAUCUCUUCUUUGAUUCGUGUCAACAAACUGGAUAGGAAGCGGAAUCCGCUGAAGCGUCGUACAGCAGACGAACAUGAAUAGACUGAAUCGACCAAAGCUCAGCUCCUGGAAGGGAAGAGAUACAGGACAAGAUGACGAGACUGAGAAAAAAAGAAAAAGAAGAUGAUGGAGGUCACAGAGGAAGAGCAGAAUCCUACUUUGGGGACAGCUACUGCAAUUUACAGGCCUUCCAAGAUGUCUCCAGCUUCCACCUGUCACUACAGAUUAAGACAAGUCGGCGAAGUGGGCUUCUGCUCCUGGCUGCAGGAAUGGAGGACUACCUGUUCCUUGAGCUUCAAAACGGGAAAGUACAGGCACGGAUGAACUUGGGGCCUGGCGAGGUGACACUAUCCUCAUCCCAGGGAGUACAGUUGAACAACCUCCUGGACCACAAAAUCUCACUGACGUUGCAGGAUGGCAAGCUCACCAUGAUAAUCGAUGAGCUCUUCCCAACAUAUAUUCCUGUGAACGAUGAUGGUGAACAGCUCAAUAUUGACCUGGGCAUUUGGCUUGGAGGAACAGGUGACCUGGAUGCUCCCUACCUCAGCAAUGCCAUUCCCCCUUUCCGUGGGUGCAUGACUGAGGUCAAAUUUGAGUCCCAUCAGUUUGAUAUUCUCAGCACAGCACCUAAACAUUGCGACAACACAAAGGACUCCUGCAGCAGUGAGUUUGAGGCUGGUGAUGGCGAAGCAACUAGUUUCAGCACUCCUGAUUCCUUUGUUUCUUUCCCCACCUGGAGCGGGGCAAGUGGUGCUCCAAGAGUCUUGGAGUUCCUAAUGAAAACUACCAUUGAGGAUGCAUUACUUGUUUUCCACCCUGGCCGAGAGUCAGACUUCAUUGCUAUUGGUGUUAUGAAAGGCUAUCUCAAAGGUGUGCUGGACCUCGGCACUGGAAUGGAGGUACUUGACAAUACCCAGGUGCAGCUGGACGAUGAUCAGUGGCAUAGAGUUAAGGUUCAGAUCAGUCAGGAUUCUUUUGUUAUUAUGGUAGAUAGCCAAUCUUCCACCCUCCCCCUUGACCCUUCACAAAAACUGGACUUAGUUGGAAACCUGUAUUUAGGAGGCAUUCAGGGAAAAAUGAAGGAAGUCUUUCGUGAAAGUGGGUCGUUAAGUCGGGCAGAGGAGGAAGUUACAGCUGAAUCUUUUAUUGGUUGUUUUGGGGAAAUCAAAGUAAAUCAGAAGGAUCGAAGCCUACAGGAUGCUUUGGUGACCAAAGAUGUUCAUGUUAAAUGUGAAGGAGAGGACUAUGACUACUCAAGUUAUUAUGAUGUAGACACAACUACAACUUCCCCUCCUGUCCGCAUCCGAUAUGUCGAUAUGGACUUGAAUGAACAACAUUGCUACCCAACGGAUGACACGCCAGAGAUAUUCAAAAAUGUAACAAGGCUUCUUGAUGUCACCCCAUUGUUUGUGCCUGAAGGUGGGGAAGUUUUUCUUGAUAUCAACAACUUAAGCCCUACAUUUGACCUCAGUGCUGCAGGAAUGCGUCAGUCACAGAUUAUCUUCACUCUUCAGAAUGAUCCCUGGUUUGGCCUGGUUGAUAUGAACAUUAACACAAAACGUACACAAAAGUUCACUCUUCUGGAUGUCGUCAAUAAGAAAAUUAAGUAUAUGCAUGAUGGAAAUGAAAGGCAUGCAGAUCAAAUCCAGCUGGAGGUGGUUGUUCACGGUAAUGAUUACCUUCCAGAAUGUCUAAAAAGUCCCCGUGAUUAUGUCAUCCCAAUUGAAAUACUUCCUGUCAAUGAUAUACCACAACUUAGUGGCGGAGAAAUCACCAUCACACAAAAUGGCAGGACUCGUCUGAGCCCCAGCCUUAUCAGAAUCACGGAUUCUGACACCCGCUGUGAUGAAUUAGUAGUAACUGUAACCUCCGAGCCACCCAGUGAAGUUGGUUACUUAGAAAAUGGUCAACGGCCAGGAAGAAGCAUCUCAGAGUUCACUUGCAGGGACUUGAAAGAUGGAAAUGUCUAUUUUGUACACAGAGGAGGUAGUGCUGGUGGAAUUACCCUGGAAGUGUCUGAUGGACAGUCAGUAAGCCAUUCAACUACUUUAAAGUUGUCUGUGACACAGCCACAUAUGACUAUUGUUACAAACACUGGCCUUCUCUUGUCUCAAGGGGGCAACUCAUCCAUAGGUAUUCAAAAUCUGGCUGCCCUCGCUCAUCCUCGUAAUGGAGAUAUUAUGUAUAAUGUCACACAACCGCUGUUAUUUGGAGAACUACAGAUAAUGACAAGUGAUGGAAUGUACAAGCAGGUUACAACUUUCCAUCAGUCUGAUCUGGAUCAAAACUGCCUCAGAUACAUUAGCACAGACUCAAGUGACCAGGAGGAUAUUGUGGUGGAGCGGAUUCAGUUUGACACCCAUCUGGGGCAGUUCUCCCUUUGGAACAACACCUUCCUAGUAAAGAUCAUGCCUGCACAAGUGAAAGUUUCCAACCUGGUUCCACUGGAAAUGGAGGCUGGUGAAGAGCUAACAAUCGGACACACAGAGCUUCAGGCUGAAGUAAAGGGGAAAAACCUAGAUCCACAAACUAUUAAAUACAUCCUUGUCAAGCCUCCAACACUGGGUAGUCUGCAGUUGUUAGACAGAGAGCUAGCUGAGGGUGAUAUGUUCACCCAGAAGGACAUUUUGGACAGUACUGUUAGCUACAGGGUCCGGGUGCAAAGAGCUGUGGAUAGUACAGACCAGUUUCAGUUCAGAGUCUUUGUUGAGGAUCAGUACUCUCCUCUGUACACCUUCCCAGUUAACAUCCUCGCCAAUGCAGAUGCUCCUGUUUUGACCAAUGAGAGGCUGGUUGUAUUGCAGGGUGGUGAGCAUACACUAAACAAAAACUAUCUUUGGAUGGAGUCACCAAGUUCUACAGAUUUUGUUUACCGGGUCACACAAGGGCCAAAGUAUGGGCGACUGAUAAGAGACACCCCGCCUGGGCAGCCUAGAUUUGAGGGGGCAAUUAGAGUUUUCAGCAAUGAAGACCUCCAAGUUGACAGGCUUAUUUAUAAGCAUGAUGGCUCCAAGACAAGCAGUGAUGAGUUCCAUUUCUCAGCAUUUGAUCCAGGAGCAGAAAGUUCAGAUGCUCAGGAAACAGUGAGUGGUGUUUUCAGAAUAUCAAUCCAGUCCAAGAAUGAGCAUGCUCCUGUGAGAGUUGUGGAUAAAGUCUUCAAUGUGGUCCGCUAUGGUCAGCGUCUGCUAACAACCGAUAUCAUUCAGUUCAAGGAUGAUGACUCAGGUUUCAAUGACACCCAAAUUGUCUAUGCCCGUGAGGGAAUCCUCUCAGGCAAUAUCGUCUCAACAUCUAAUCCUUCACAGCCUCUUUUCCGUUUCACACAAGCCGACCUGCGAAAUAAGAACGUCCUCUUCAUUCACCACGGAGCAGAUCGGGAACGCUUCUCACUCCAGGUAUCAGAUGGCUUCCACAAGACUACUGCACUACUUCAGAUCCAGGCAGGUGAGCCCUACCUGCGAGUGGUGAACAACACAAUCAUUGUCAUAGACCAUGGAGGCACCAAGACCCUUAACACUACCCUUUUGAGUGCUGACACCAACAUGGACAUCAGAGACAACAGUGAGAUCAAGUUUCAGAUUACAUCGCCACCUAGCGAUGGUAGGAUUAUUGUGAGUGGGAUUGAGGCUUCAGCAUUCACCCAGGAGGACCUGAAAAAAGGUGUUGUGUCAUAUGAGCAUAAUUAUGAGAGUCUGAGGUCUAAGGACUCUUUCAGUUUCACCGUCCAAGCACAAGGACAUUCUGAAGAGGGCACAUUCAGGAUUAAAAUAUUCAAGCAAGGAUACCUCUCUGAGCCUGAGGUGGCAACCAAUGAGGUCAUCAUUUCCUAUGAGGGAGAGCACACCAUCAUCAACUAUAAUCAUCUCAAGGUGGAGCAAGCUGAUAUUCUGCCGACAGAAAUGGUGUUCACCAUUAAAGAGCCUCCUCGUCUUGGUCAUGUGGUCAAGCUGACAAACAGUUCAGACGGCAUGGCCUCGCCUGUCCUCGAUUACAUUCACACCUUCACUCAAGAAGACAUUGAUCAGGGGCGCAUUCUCUAUGUGUCUGCAUCCACCCAGGGCAAUGACGCCUUCACAGUGGAUGUCAGUAAUGGUUUUACCAUGGUGGAAGACUUGGAGAUCUCUGUGAACGUGGUCCCCCGGAUCAUCCCCAUCCAGAUCUUCAACUUUACCGUGAAGGAAGGCCUUAGCAGAGCAAUUAAUGCAGAUAUUGUAAACAUCUCACAUCCAUUCUACAGCUCAGCUAACAUCGACUUUGUUGUGGAAGAGCAGCCACAGCAUGGGGACAUCCGCUACCUCGAUGGGGAUGAACUUUCUUACUUUACAUGGGAAGAGGUGAAACUUGGACAUGUCUACUACAUGCAUGACAGCACCGAGACCACAGAGGACAGUUUUACGCUCUCUGCCACGGCUUAUGAGAUUGAGCGCCGGAGCCUCCCUGUCACCAUCUCAGUGACUGUCAUACCAGUCAACGACGAGCCGCCAAGGCUGACACGUAACACAGGACUGGAGGUUCUUGCUGGAGAGGAAGCUGAUAUCACCUCCAGCAUGCUGAACACUGAGGACGCUGAUACCCCUGCAGAGGAACUGGUCUACCAGGUCGAGGUGCCAACCAAUGGCAUAGUGGCGUUGAAAGAGGCGCCCGAGGAGAGCAUCCUGAAUUUCACACAGGCUCACAUAAACAAAGGAGAGGUCAUCUUCAUUCACGAGGGUGAGGACUCUGGUGGUUUCGGUUUCACAGUGACAGACGGAGAGCACACAUCUCCUCUCUACCAAUUUGUCAUCACAGCCAGGCCUCUCACCAUCACCAUGGCAACGCAGGAGGAGCUCAUGGUAUUUCCAGGAACAAGGCAGCCCAUCACAAGUGCCAAUCUGGGGGCUGUAACCAAUGAAGAUGGAAAUGAGAUAAGCUACUCACUUAUACGCCCACCUCGUUUGGGAAGACUCAUCCUGGCCAAUGACAGGAACCAGUAUGAGGAAAUUACCCACUUCUCACAAACACAGCUGGAGUCAGGAGCAGUCUACUACGAGCACCAGAUACCUGAGGAGCCCUUUUGGGUGGUGAGGGACUCCAUAGAGCUCACUCUGUCAUCCCAGCCAGCUCCAGAUGUCCGUCACAUCCUGCCCAUCACCAUCUCUUAUUAUGCAGCUCACAGCAACAUCUCCUCACAGCUGUGGAAGAACAAAGGUCUGGACAUUGUGCAGGGCCAGAGGAAAACCAUUGACAAUUCAAUCCUUGAUGCCUCCAACCUUCUGGCUAGCGUACGUGAAGCUGAAGAUGUGGAUGUGGUUUUUGAAAUUAAGCGUUUCCCUGACCACGGUCGUUUAACCCUGGGUGGUCAGGACCUGCCCCGUAAUGCCCCAUCCUUUAUGCAGGACGAUGUAAAUCAAGGAAAGCUGGAGUAUCUCCAUGAUGACUCAGGGGCCUCUUUUGACAGCAUCUCUUUCAGGGCCCGCCUAAAGUCUGAGGGUGGUGGUGUGGCCUCACCUGCCGAGUCUGUGGUCCUAGAGGAGAUCUUUAACAUCUCAAUCAAACGGCGAGGCUCUGACCCACCGGAACUAGUUACUACAGACAUGCUCUUGGAGGUUCUUCAAAGCUCCAAGACCAUCAUGACCAAGAAACAUCUCAACACUCAAGACGAGGACAGUCCACCAGAUGAGGUGCACUUCAAGGUGACUAAAGCCCCUAGCAACGGCCAACUGGUUGACUUACUCACAAUGGACCCCAUCUCUGAGUUCACACAAGAGAUGGUCAAUCAUGGGCAGGUGGGCUUCUGCAGUAAUGACAGUCUUGCAGAUGGCUUUAUGGAGUUCAUUGUGUCAGAUGGAGAACACCAAACAGAACCACACACACUCCACAUUGGUGUCCUAGCUCGUACCUUGUUUCUUGACAAAUCUCCUGAGAUCAAAGUGAAACAAGGCGAUGAUGAGACCCUAGUAACUGAAGAGAUGUUGAGGGCCACUACCAGAGGCCCUGUUGAGGAAGACAUCCUUUACAAGAUCACAAGUGUUCCUAAAUAUGCGGCUGUCAUGGUAGACCGGCAGCCCACGUCAGCCUUCACCCAGAAACAGAUCAAAGAAGGCAGAGUCAGUGUCCGGUUUGUGAAGUCUACUUCACCUCGCGAUAGCGUUGCAUUUAUGGCCCGCAGUCGGGCUGCUAAUGUCUCCUCUGUCCUAAACAUCACAGUCCAGCCUCUGGCCAACAUUGCUCAGGAUCCUCUCCUACCCAAAGGUACUCUUGUCCAACUGGACAGGAAGCUUCUGGAUGCAUCUCCACUGGAAAACAAGACCAGAACAUCCCCCACAUUCACUGUCAUCCAACAGCCACGGGGGGCUCGUUUUGUAAGGUCUGGAGGUCCUGGUGCAGGUCAGCCAGUGGACACAUUCAGCCAAAGGGACUUGGAUGAGGGCCGUGUAGCCAUGGAAAUCCUAAAUCGCUCUUCUGGGUCACGAGGUGGUACCACUAAGGAUGAGGCCCGUUUCCUGCUCAAAGCCCACGGGGUGCCACCUGCUGAAUGUGUGCUCUCCUUCAAGACAGGCCCCUACAAUGCCUCUGGGGUCUAUCCCGCCACUCUGUUGAGAAUCCCCCCUACUCCACCCAGCCCCCACUGGAAGGGCAACUUGGACUUGGAGGAUGCCCCCACUACAGCAUCUUCUGGCUCAGGCAAACGGUAUGUUUCCAGACGCAGCAACUUCUGGUCUAUUCUGAUCCCAAUCCUAGUAAUCCUCCUCCUUGUGCUGCUGGCAGCCAUCUUGGCCUACUACCUGAUCCGUAAGAACAAGACAGGCAAGCACGAUGUCCAGACAGCAGCGUCCAAGCCCAAAAACGGAGAGGUGGCCAGCACAGAAACCUUUCGCAAAACUGACCCAGCCAAUAACAUCCCCAUGUCCAACAUGGACUCCAAAGAUGCAGACCCAGAGUUGUUGCAGCACUGUCGGACAACGAACCCGGCCUUGAAAAAGAACCAGUACUGGGUCUGAGACCCUUUGAGAUAAAGUAGGACACAGAGAGAGGUGGAUCCUCAAGUGAUUGGAAACCUCCUCAAAUAAUUCCUCUCAGUAUUAAAGACCUCUUGCCACAGCAGUUUAAAUGAAAAUAAUUUUUUGACGCCAUUGGUUAUUUACUUAUCUAAACACAACUGUGGACAAAUUCUCAGGCAAUGAAACACUGAAUACUUAUUGGCAAAGAAAGAGGCAGUUUCUUAUCUUAGGAGGCUUAUGCCAUGUCUAUUUAUUUUAGUUUUAUCAUUCCUCUUUGUCAAAGGGCACAGAUGAAGACAUAAACAUACCAUGUGUUUGCAAGAAGUAUUUUGGGUGUGCUCUGUCAUUGUAUUCCAUAUGAUAUCAUAGGCCAAUAUUAUUCAUUUGAGUGGAUAGGUAAUUUAAAGUCUUCAUAAUAGUAUGAUUUUAGUUUUUGGUUCAUCAGAAAAGUUGAUAUGCGUGUACAUAGAUGAUGAGGUAAAUAUAUGCUGUAUUAUCGAGAAGAUGACAAACUGCCUCUUAGUGUUUUCUCUUUAUUUUUCAAUGUUUUAAAGGUACCGUUGUAUGUUGUUUCUCAGGGCUAAAUUCAGUUUUAAAAAAUAGUUUGAUGUCUUUGGAAAUGCGCUAUUUCACUUUCUUGCCAUAAGUUUGAUACGGUACAGCUUCUCAUCUAACUCUCAACAAGAAAGCGAAUAAGCUUAUUUCCCAAAAUGUCAAUCUUGUACUUCAGUGUCAUCACACAAUACAUUUCAGUAGUUUGAUUUUUGCGUGGAAAGCAGAUGGUUUAGUACUAAAAACUGUUUAAAAUGAAAAACUUGUUAUAACAAGUUUUGAUUGAAUUUAGCUCAGAGUUAUGUCAUCAUCUGUCAUAUGUUUAUUAUUUCUGCAUGCUUCCAGAGUGCUUGUAAAUAUUCACUGGACUGGCACAGCACUGACCGCAAAACUAAAAGUACACAGUUUGUAGACCACAGGCAGGACAUUAUUUUGGUAGUAUUGGUCUUUAACACAUCCGUAUUGGCUGACAGGCACAGGUGAGGUCAUCUUAAACUGAGAUGUUUCCAGUUUCCAAGUCUGCAAUUAAGAAUUAGUAAAUACUGGUUGGUGCUGGGGUGGGGCUAAUGAAAAAAAUGCUCCACUAGUUAGGUUACAUGAUUUAAAAUGAAGACAGACAGAGUUUAAGUCUUCAAAGCUAUUUUUGAUUUUAAGCAUUCCAUAUGUAAGCUGAAUAUACUGUUGGUCAUAUUUCAUAGGUUGAAGUUAAGAAGAAUGUUACUGUAACUGAGACUCUCUUUAGAUUUCUUUUUUUUUUUUUUUUGUCACUCCAACCUGUCAUGGUUAAGUUAUCUAAUUGUUGAAUGUUGAAUACUUAAAAGACUUAUUUGUAAGUUUUGCUAUUGCUAAAUAGUCAGUGUUAGCAUUAACAGCUGUUUACUGAUGAGUCCAGAAGAAACAUUGUGAAUUCGGCAUCAUACUUCAUUCCUGUACUUGCCACGAGCUUGCUAGUUAGCAUGCUAACCAGCUAGCCCCCACCCAGGCAGCCUGUCUAGUCACUUUUCAAAAGCAACUCACUAUAGCAUCCAGACUGCUUUAAAGAAGCUCCACAGAGGGUGAAUUCUAACCUCUAGUAUUGUAAAUUGCAAUGAUGGCUGAAGCUCUUGGUAAGUGACGAUCACCACCUCCCGCUCCUGGCAAGAAAUUAUAUUCAGCAGCAGAGAAAACUUAUAAAGAGCUUCUCUUAAGUUGAUGUAGUAAGUGUACAAUGGGAAAACUUAUUUGAUCCACUAAAGAAAAGAAAGACUCAAACAACAAAUUUUUCUGAAAAAUGUUUUACUCUUUGCUGUAUAUUUCUUUUCUCAUACUGUAUACCAAUGACACCUUAUUCUUUGUUAGUCAUAUACUGAAUAUACAAUAAUUUCUUUGCAGUAUUCAUCAUCUAUUGAUUUUUUAUUUUUGUAGUGUUUUGAGAGCAGGAAAUGUAGGUAGAUUUACAGACAGCACAGAGCUCAGGAAGUGAUGUGUGUCAGGAAACUGUGUGUUUCCAGCAACAUUAUCUCUUACAGAUAGCGUAAAUAAAAUGAUAGAUCCCUCAUUCAGGAUACCACAUCCACAUCUUACCAGUUUUAUGUGUAAAUAUUCUGUGUUAGAGUAAGAUUUUUGGGCGUCAAAGGUAUAUAUACAUGUAACUGCAUUUAAUUAGAUUGAUCAACCACAAAGUAUGCGUGACUGUGUGUGUCUGUGUGUGUGUUUGUGCAGGUGCCCAUCUCACUCUCUUUUCUGCUUCCUGAAGGUCAGAUUUUCAUCAACACCACUCAUUUUUCAUUAUUUAUUAUUUCUGUCACUCCCCACACAUCAGUUCAUUCCCAAGUUAUGUGCUCUGUGAGAGAUUAAACUUUUAUCUGUAAACUGCAGGUGCCUUUGAAAAUAAUGGUAACACAAAGCAAUGUUUAGAUUCUGAAAAUAGAACAUAAAUGUCUAUUAAAGCUGCAGUAUGCCUCUGAGCUUGUUCUCAGCACUAAUGGAAAUAAAAUGUUCAUGCAACAAAA